GGGAGAGCUCGCUGGAGCAGCAGAGGAGCAGCUCCGCGUCCCUCAGAAACAACAACAGCAGCAGCAGCGGCGCUGGAUUUACUCUAAACCUCUACCUUCUGCUGCUGCUCUUCACCUCACUGAGAUCUUCAUCCAUGAGCCCUCAGCGCUCCGAGCCCCGCGCCGCAUCCCGGAGACCAUCACCACCACCCGCAGCUCCAGCAGCAGCUCCAGCAGCAUGUGAGCUCUGAUCCACAACAACCCGCCGAGUGAUGGACGAACACGAAGACAGGACUGAUCGCGUGUGCAAGGGAUGCGGAGUCAGGAUUCAGGACGCGUUCCACGUCAAGGUCCUGAAAGACGCCUGGCACAACACUUGUUUUCGAUGCUCUGAAUGCUGUGAUCUCCUGACCAACUGGUACUAUGAGCGUGAUGGGAAGCUGUACUGUGGGAAACAUUAUUGGGAGAAGUUCGGGGAGCUGUGUCACGGCUGCUCACUGCUAAUGACUGGACCGGCUAUGGUGGCCGGAGAGUACAAGUACCACCCGGAGUGCUUUCUGUGCCUGAGCUGUAAGGUGGUGAUCGAGGAACGGGACACCUACGCCUUGGUGGAGCGCUCCAAACUCUACUGUGGUAAAUGCUAUAAGGAAGAGGUUCUGGCUCCGAUGCUGGAGAGGCGCUGUUUAGCGGACUCGUCUCCAGACUCCCUGCCUCACACCGUCACGCUGGUGUCAAUGCCGGCGGCGGCCAACGGGAAACGAGGCUUCACGGUCAGCGUGCUGCGAGACUGCAGCAACACCACAGCCAGCGUCCAGGUCAAAGAGGUCCGAGGGAUGCUGAUCAGCCCCGAGGUUCGGGAUGCCAUCCACGCCGGGGACCGCAUCCUGGAGAUUAACGGCCUCCCGGUGGGAACGCUGAUGGAAGAGGAGGUGGAGAACCUCAUCCAUCGGACCAGCCAGACGCUGCAGCUGCUGAUCGAGUACGACCCAGUCAGGCAGAGACUGGACCGGCUCCGUCUCGGCUCCACCAACAACCAUCUGGGCGUCCCCGCCGCGUCUCGCCUGCGACUGUCUUCCCCUUCAGGCGGAGUGAUUGAAAGGACAGAGGUUGACGAGGGGACGCUAAAGAGAAGAUCACUUAGGAGGAGUAACAGUAUCUGUAAGUCUCCGGGUCCCACCUCACCUAAAGAACUUCCAUCAUUGAAUCGAGAUAUCGGCCGCUCCGAGUCACUCCGCGCCUCCUCCAGCUGCUCCCACCGCAUCUUCCGUCCCUGUGACCUCAUCCACGGGGAGGUGCUGGGCAAGGGCUUCUUUGGACAGGCCAUCAAGGUCACUCAUAAGGCCACAGGGGAGGUCAUGGUCAUGAAGGAGCUCAUCCGGUGUGACGAGGAGACGCAGAAAACCUUCCUGAAAGAGGUGAAAGUAAUGCGGAGUCUGGAUCACCCCAACGUCCUGAGGUUCAUUGGCGUUCUGUACAAAGACAAGCGGCUGAACCUGAUCACAGAAUUCAUCGAGGGAGGAACCCUGAAGGACUUCAUUAGAGACAUGGACCCGUUCCCAUGGAUGCAGAGGGUUAGCUUUGCCAAGGGCAUUGCUUCUGGAAUGGCCUAUCUGCAUUCAGUGAACAUCAUCCACAGAGAUCUCAACUCUCACAACUGCCUGGUGAAACUGGAUAACACAGUGGUGGUGGCGGAUUUCGGUCUAUCCCGACUCGUCAUGGAAGACAAGGUGAAACCUCCACCGGACAAUAAGCCCAACAAUAAGAAGAGGAUCUUCCGCCGGAAUAUAGACCGGAAAAAACGCUACACAGUGGUGGGCAACCCGUACUGGAUGGCCCCGGAGAUGCUGAACGGUAAACGCUAUGAUGAAAAGGUGGACGUGUUCUCGUUUGGGAUCGUUCUCUGUGAGAUUAUCGGGCAGGUGUAUGCAGAUCCGGAGUGUCUGCCUCGGACGCUGGACUUCGGCCUUAAUGUGGGAAAAUUCAUAGAGAAGUUCCUUCCUGAGGACUGUCCUCUUGCUUUCUUCCCAUUGGCUGUGGCCUGUUGUGACCUUAUACCAGAUAGUCGACCCUCCUUCGAGAAGCUGGAGGACUGUUUCGAGGCCUUGGCACUGAACCAGGAGCUGGGCAUCCAUCUGCCGGCCGAGCUGGACGAGCUGCAGCAGAACCUGUGGAGGACUCACAGCCCAACGAGGUCCAGCGACCUCUCGCCCAACCCCAGCCCCACAAAACUGGCUCCGGACCGGGCCGGCCUGGAGAACAACGGCACCAGCACGUAGCCCACCCACGAGACUCUUUACUGGACCCUCCUGGACCCUGCUCACGGAGAGCCUACGCACAGACUGGAGACUGGAGGCACUGGUGACCAAACAGAGCCGGACUGUUCUGGACUUUUCUAGACCAUUUUGGACCAUUCUUCUCUUCAUCAUCAUUACCUAUAGACUGAUGAGUUUACGUAAAGCGGUGAAGCUGUGGAGAUGGUGUGUGGUCAUAAUGUUAAUAAGUGGGAAUAAGUUCUGCUGCAGCGGUUGGAAUGUUUGUGUUGGCUUUUGUAAUUUUGAGGGCAUUGGAGAACUGCACUCGAGACUUGGCUACGAGGGAAAAGGCACUUUCAAUGUCUUUCCCAAUAUUUUGACGUUAAGGGCUUUGCUUCCUUACAUAACGAACGACUGUUCUAUUUCUGGAAACCUGCACCUGGAGGAAUCAUGGGCUGCCAGGAUCUGUAAAAGAAGAAAAAUGGCUCGGACGUUUCCCAGAUGUCACACAGCUGCUAACUUCAUCCCUGCUCUGCUGUUAGAAGGAAAUAAUAGACUUUAAAAAAAAAAAAGUAUAUUCUCUUCACUUCUCAUCUUUUCUCAAUUUUUUUGUCUUCUCACCUCUUCUCACCUCUACUCUUCUCAUUUUUUCUAAUCUCUUCUCAUCUCAUUUGUUGUCUUCUAAUCUCAUUUGUUCUCAUCUGUUCUCUUAUUUAUUUUCUUCUCAUUUUUUAUCGUCUCAUCUUUUUCUCUUCUCAUCUUUUUCUCUUCUCAUCUUUUCUCAAUUUUUUUGUCUUCUUACCUCUACUCUUCUCAUUUUUUCGAAUCUCUUCUCUUCUCAUCUCAUUUGUUGUCUUCUAAUCUAAUUUGUUCUUAUCUGUUCUCUUAUAAUUUCUUUUUCUCUUAUCUUUUCUCAAUUUCUUUGUCUUCUCAUCUCUUCUCACCUCUACUCUUCUCAUCUUUACUAAUCUCUUAUCUCUCUCAUUUUUCCUCUUCUCAUCGCAUUUGUUCUUUUCUCAUCUGAUCUCUUCUCAUCUCAUUUGUUCUAUUAUCUCUUCUCAUCUCCACUCUUCUCAUCUCACAUCUUCCCUUACCAUCUUUGUUUUCUUCUCAUCUGGUCUCUUCUCUUCUCACCUGGUCUCUUCUCUUCUCAUCAGGUCUCCUGGUGUCUGGGUACCACUUUUAAAUAAGGCUAAUUUUAAGGGGUUUAUAAAUAGUUUAUAAAGGAGUUUAUUAUUGGUUACUAAUUAGGUUGUAAAUGCUUUAAAAACAUGAAUAAGUAGUUACAACACAUAAAUAGAAAAAGGUCAACAGUGACCUGUGAAUUACCAUUUAGCAAUCCCACGUUCAUUUACACUGUUAAACCUCAGAUUAGAGCUAGAUGAUAUAAUGGCAAUAGUUAGUAUCAAGAUGAAUUUCCCAUUUUUGGUCGAUAUAAUAUAAUUCUAAAUGUCUUUUCUGACUUUUUGAAUUUUUUAACAUUGUAAUUUAAUAUUAAAGCUAUACAUUAGCACAUGAUGAAUUAUUCUGUAAACAAAAAGUGAAUGUUUUUUCAGCGUCUUGAAGGCAUUCCUGGAGGUGCUGAACAAUAGUUGCUCUAUCAAGCUCUAAUCUGAGGUUUAACAAUAUAAAUUAAUGUGGGAUCAGGAUUAUUCCUAUUUUGUAACCAUUAAUAAACUUAAAAUUCUUUUAUAAACUAUUUAUAAAGCCUCUUUAAAGUGGUAGUCGGUUGUGCUGUGUGCUUCUCUGAACUCAGUCAGUGGAGUCUUAAGUCUGGAGAUGGAUCGAUAUGUAGCAUCGCUGUGUUUAAUAAUAAUUAUCAGUAAUUCAGUACAAGCUCAAUUUGAUCUUAUAUUCAGCACUUCAGCAGGUUGUGUGAUUCUGAAACACUAAACUGCACAAUCAUUCCCUGCAGUUCACAAUCGCUCAACCAUGCUGCCCCCUGGUGUUCGGUUGUUUGGGUACAGCUCUCUUUCUUUGCAACAGCAGUGCUUUUUUGGAGGACCCUCAACCUGCCCUGCACAUUUUAGUGAUUUCUGCUCUAAUAUGAGCUUCAGCACAUGAAGCAUUAGCUGAUUAGCGGAUUAGCUCAGUCUGAGAUGUUAGGAACGGGGUCUGAACCAAGGUUUAUAUGGGUUUGUUACAUAGUGUUUUGCACUACUGCAUAACUAAUCACACUAAAGAACUUCAAGAAAUCUACAGUUACAGUAGAUACAGAAUCAUUAGCACCAUAAUCUGUUGUACAUGUACUGCUGUGCUUUUGCUUCUUCUAUCGUGUAGUACACCCACAUAAUCUGUUGCUGGUGUACCACAUACUGUAUCUACUGUAACUGUAGAUUAACAUGUCCACUAGCACUUUUCUUCAACACGUUCUCUCAAGCCAGAUCUUUCGGCUCGCCGUGGAUGGACGUGUCCGUGACAUUUUUUUUAAUUUAGUGCUGUGCCAUAUCAUAUCGUACUCAAUAAUAUCACCAACAUUUUUAAAUAUCGUAAAUGAUAUUAUACCCUGAAAUAUCGUACCAUACCACCACCUUUUUUUUUUUUAAUACUGUUUUUAGCAAAAGAAAAAAUCACACUGGUCCCAUUUUCCCAUUAUAUAUCUACUAAAUACAGAUUCGAUCUGUCCAGUAUCAUUUAUUUUACUUUAAUCCUGGAUAUAUGGAGAUAUUUGGAGUGCAUUAUUAAUAUUAUUAGUAUCAUGAUAUUCUGGAUCAUUGACUUCUGUUGAAAAAUGAUAAAAUUCUGAUAAAAUUCUUGUAUUUCUUUUAAUAUCUCAGUUAGGGGUGCGCCGUAUAUCAUAUUGAAUGCAGUAAUCAAAUUUGUUUGAAAUUUUAUUUAGUAUCGUUAUCGUGAAAAUACCAUGAAAUAUUGAUGAUAUUAUUUAAGAGUCAUAUCGCCCACCCCUACAGGCAAUCAUUUAUCAUCAGUUUAAUAUUUUGAAUUUUUAAUCAACUUCACUUUAGUCUACAGUGCUAUAAAUCCAUAUUCUGCCAUUUUCAGCUUCUUUUCUGUGGUUGAACGGUAUCUGUUUGAAUGCGUUGUUGUGCUUGUGUGCGUGUGACGUAGCAGCCUACUGUUCCUUGAUUGGUUAGAUGCAGUCCGGCAGCUAGAUUCAUUUGAAUAAAGUUGAGCUCUGCUGAACUUUGUUUCCAGAUAUUUUUUCGUGAGGCUGUGUUAAACACAACGCAACCCAGCAUGCACCACAGCAUGCAGCGUCUCUCUCCAUUGAAACGAAUAGGAUGCACUAAAGCUUAAGUGCUGGUGGACACGUAUCUUUACACUAAUACUUGUGAUUUUGAGGGGAGUCAGAUACUGGCAGUGUUGCAGAAUUUGAUACAACAUCUGGAAAGGCAAUCCGCCAAGCUGAUAGGCUUCCAUGUGACAAGAUAAUAGCCAAUAAUAACAACUUCCUGAUCUUUCUUUUGGUCAGAAGAUCUGAACCAUGCAAGAUUUUUAUGGUUUUUAUUUGUAUUAUUUUUUUUAUAUAAUUUUUUCCUAAAGACUAACUGAUGAAUGGGUUCAGUUGAUCUGGAGUGAGACCACCUCUAUGCUCCAGAACAAAUGGGUAUUAAAGUGGCCUAAUAUGUGCUGGGCAGGGGGUCCUCCAAGGCCAGAGUUAGUGACCAUCACUCUAAAGCAAUUUUUCAGCCCUCUAGUUCACUUAAAGACCUGAAGAAAGAUCAAACACUUUAAUCUGGAUUAGAAUCAGGAUUGUUCCAGAUUUUGGAUUGUUCUGGAAAGUUAUUGUCUAAUCUGACCUGUUGUUACACAGCGUGAUGUAAAUAGAUAAUGAUGAAUAAUAAAGCAGCUGAAGAUCACAGCUCUGAUCACAGUUCUCGUGUAACUGGAGUUCAGAGCUUUUUGUUGUUGAUGAUGUUUUGAGACUGGUGUAAGAAAUGUAUAAAAGGUUUAUAAUUAAUUUUUUAUGAGUUUUUGAGUUUUGGGAUGAUGAUAUGGGUUUUGUUGAUUUUUUGUAGAAUGCUUAUUAUUAUUAUUAUUGUUAUUAUUAUAAAGGUACUGAUGUCUUCCGAUCGUAACCACUACAAUGUGUAUUACUUUAGUGUUUCUGACACUAGUGUUUUAUAAAUAAAUCUUAAAUGAGUGGG